AUGCCCCUUCCAAAGAAAAGAAAAGUGAAAAAAACAAGGAAGCAAAAGUCAUCCCUUCCAGGUGAGGAGAGCCACAAAAAGGCAUCACCGGAGGUUGACGCGCUUAAGCAGCACUUGGUUCUCCAGAGAGACCUGGCCAAACAGGCCAUGAUUGACGGGGAAGGAUUCAGGCAGAGGCUGACAGAACUGGAGAGAGAGCUGGAGGAAGCCCAGAAAGACAAAAAGGAUAUUUUUGAAGAGAUGAUCCGCCAGUAUCAGCAGCUCCAGUGCCAGACUGACGGCCAGAUUCAGCGCCUGGAAGCUGAAAAGCAGAACCUGCAAGAAGAACUGGCUGCCUGUCAAAAAAGCCUGCGGAGGAGCGUAGAGGAGCGAGCCAAGAUCUCGGAGGAGAAGGAGCGAGCUGAGGCUCAGAUGCAGCAGAAGGCUGAGGAAAUGGAGAAGGAAUGGGAACGAAUCCUUCACGAUAGCUUGGAUCAGGUGCUUUCCAAGCUACAAGCCGCCAAGCUGGGCUGGGACAAAGAGGCUGCCCUCAUCCAUACUGAAUAUAAGAACGCGCUAAAGGAGUUUGGACUUAACCCGUUGGAGUUCUGAACCAGCAGCCAAGCAGAGUGAACGUCUGUCCCCUUCUCCUCACAGUGGGGUGUGUGUGUUCAGGUUGCCACAGACAUUGAAAUGUACUGUU